UCAAGUGUGAUAGAUAGACAGCUAAUUACAGGCUUCCCGUAACAAAGCGAUAGGUGUUAUGUAACAAAGAUUAUCGGACUUGUCAAGGUUAUAAGUAGUUUUAACACAGAACCCCAGUCUCCAGACACUAAACACUGAUAAGGCAAGCUUUUUAUUUAUUUAUUUAUUUAUUUUUGUGGAAAACUAGUAGAUUCGCAGUUCCCAGCAUCUGAAGAUGAUAAUGAUUGUAGCUCCCGUUCUGUUUUUCCUGGCACUUCUCCUUAUAUCUCUUUAUUCUAUCAGUUUGGACUUUCUUUGGGGUAGAAAAGAUAUCACCACUGCUGGGUCAGCCGUUUGUGGUAACAAGCAACUCCCACCUGGGAGCUCCGGUUGGCCAUUCAUUGGUGAAACUAUCGAGUUCUAUAGAGCAGGUCUAGCUGGUGCACCUGAGAAGUUUUUCUUUGAUAGGUUUAGAAAAUACUCGUCUCAAGUAUUUAGGACUUCUUUGAUCGGUGAAACUGUUAUCGUCAUCGGUGGUACUGCCUCUGGCAAUAAAUUCUUAUUCUCAAACGAAGGUGAAGAUAAACUCAUAAAUGCUUGGUAUCCUCCAUCCGUUCGUAAACUCCUACCUGUAAGUAAUCAAUUUUCAAAAGAUCAAGAUUUUCUUAAGGCAGCUCGUAAGGCUUUUCCAAAAUUUCUCAGCCAGGAAGCGGUUAAAACCUAUGUUGGCACCAUGGAUUCGAUGACAAGAAGACACUUUGAGACUCACUGGGAUAAAUAUAUGAGCACAAAUGAAGAAAUGAUCACUAUUACCGUUCACCCUUUAGUCAAGAACUACAGCUUCCAAAUGGCCUGUCGUUUGUUGUUGAGCAUGGAUUUAGAGCAAGAAACUCAUUCCAUUGAUGAAUUACAAAAGUUAUUUUCUGUUCUGUUAGAUGGUAUCUUAUCGAUACCUAUAGAUUUUCCAGGGACAGCAUUCAACCGUGCCAUUAAAGCUUCUAAACUGAUAAAAAAGCAAAUUGCAAUUAUGAUCAAGCUAAGGAAGCUCCGUCUUCUAUCUCAUGAAAACACUCCAACGCGAGAUGUACUGUCACUGAUGAUCAUGUUUUUUGACGAAAACAGUAGCAAGUUCAUGGAGGAAACAUUCAUCACCGAUAUAAUUCUGGGUCUCAUUAUUGCGGGGCAUGACAGCACUACUUCUACCUUGACAAUGGUGGUGAAGUAUUUAGUUGAGUUCCCAAAAGUUUACGAUCAAGUCCUCGUAGAACAAUCUGAGAUUGCGAAGUCCAAAGCAACGGACGAACUUCUAAAUUGGAGUGACAUUCAAAAGAUGAAGUACUCAUGGAAUGUGGUUUGUGAAGUAUUGCGACUUGCAACACCUGCGCCAGGAGGUUUUAAACAAGCCAUGGCAGAUUUCACGUACGCAGGGUAUCACAUACCAAAAGGAUGCAAGCUAUAUUGGAGCUCAAUGGCAACACAUAAAAAUCCUGAUAACUUCCCGGAUCCAGAGAAAUUUUAUCCUUCGAGGUUUGAAGGGGGCGGUCCGGCUCCAUUCACAUAUGUUCCAUUUGCAAGAGGACCUGGUACAUGCCCUGGCAAAGAGUAUGCUCGAGUUCAAAUGCUUGUCUUCGUUCACAAUCUCGUAAGGAGGUACAAGUUGGAGAAAUCGUUCCCUUUGAAUCCUGAGGACGAAGAGAAGUUGAUAUUUAAACCAUUUCCGACACUUACCGGAGGGCUCCCUAUUCGUAUUCGAGCUCACUAGGAAGAAAGAGCUCCACACUCUCUAUAGCCGAUGAUUAUAAUUACUCACGUAGUAUCUCCUCCCAUUAAAAUAAAGUCUGGUAUAGAGUAUCAAUCUGUUUUUACUCUUUUGAAUAUCUAUUUCUUUUCUUCCUAAUAGCUACCGACGGGCUUUAUCCAUAUCUACUUGAUUCGACUGUAAUAUUUAUAUUAGUCGGUUAGUCCUACUAAUGCUUAAAUAUCUUUUACUAAUUAUAUCAUUCAUUUACUA